AGUUCGGGCCGUUGAUAUCCGCUGCGCAGUGUUUUUUCUUCUUCUCUGACACUUUUUCUUCAUUGUCUCUCCCGUUUGUUGUCGGCUGAGGCAAUCACACACACAAUUUCUUUCACAUACUGACUCAUAGAGGCUCCCUUACUUCUUCAUCGUAGCGAACGGAGCUUUCAUUUGUUAGAGAAGUCGACUACGGCACUUUCUCCUUUUUUUUUCUUCUCCGCCUACGUGUGUGUCGUUCCGUCGUGCUUUCCUCUCUUUAUUCUUCAGCACACAUUUUAGAUCAUGCAGCCCAUCGAUCCUGAUGACCCGCGGCUCGUGUCCAUCUUUGUGGCGGUGGCCGAGAAGGCGUCAUCGGUCAACUCCGUAGACCGCGACCAGGCCGAGCAGGAAAUCAAGAAGUACCAAAACUCCGUCGACCAGCAGCGUGGCUUCGUGCAGCUGCUUCUUCAUCUCGCCACAAACGGGCAUCCGACGUCCGCCUUCUACGCCAUUGUGCUGAAAAACACGGUGAAGCUGUGCUGGAACCCGUCGAUGGCGGAGCACUGCAUUCAGGAGGACGACAAGGCUGCGGUGCGAGAAGUCAUCAUCCGCUUAAUGCUUCAGUCCCCGCCUGCCAUUCAGCGCAACAUGGCGGAGACGAUCGCGCUCAUUGCGGAUGUGGACUUCCCCACCCGGUGGCCCAACGCAUUGGCCUUAAUUGUAGAAGUGCUGAACACGGCGCACUCAGUCGCCGUGCAAUGCGCCGCCCUCUCCACCGCCCACAGUAUCUUGCGCAAAUACCGCAUGCAGGGCGACUUCACGGAGACAUUUGUUGCUGAGCUGCGCACCGUCUACACGGUGUUGUUCCCCACCCUCAUGCACAGCAUCCACACACUACUGAGCAUGGUGGCCGCCAAUCAACCCGGCACCGAAAUCGCCACCUGCGUAAAAGGAGUCACGGCGGCGGUGGAGUGUGUGCGUGACAUGACGUCGCUCGACCUUGGCGACGAGCUCAUCGCGCAGAAGAAGGCGAUGAUGGAUGUGUUCCUGCAAUGCCUGUCGCUUCCUUUGCCCGUUGGUGGCGCGGCGUGUGCGCAGGCGACGGCAACCAUCAUCGCCCUCAAGUCGGCCGUCACGGCGUGCGUGACACACCUGCUGAACGCCUUUGACGAGGAUUUCGAGGCCUACGCGCCGCAGUUCCUAAGCGUUGUGUGGGCGCUGAUCGCCGACCCGUCCAGCCGAACGGCGGAAAUGGAUGACUUAGUGGUUUGCAGCAUCGAGUUGCUCUCCGGGGCAUGCCGCGGUACCUCACGGCCGUACUUCGACGACGUUGAUAAACUACGAGAGCUGGUGCACAACAUCAUCCUGCCGAACCUCGCCGUGAAUGACGAGGACUUGGAGCUGUACUUGUACGACCCCGACGCGUACAUUCAGAAGGACAUUGAGGGCUCCGACCUCCACACCCGUCGCCGCGCGGCUGGCGAGUUGGUGCGCACGUUGGUCACUCAUCUGCCCGACAAGAUGCGCCCGCUGAUCUCCGCCGAAACGAAGGCGCUCUUCGAGACAGCCUCCAGCGACUGGAAGGCGAAGGACACGGCCAUCUACCUCGCCUCGUCCUUAGCGCUGGAGGGCCAGCACGUCGACGCGCAGCGCGGUGCCGCCGCCCAGCAGCUGAGCAACCUCAUUUCCUUCGACGACUUUCUUAGCAGCCUUGUCAUACCGGAGCUGACUUCGGGUGUGUCGGUGAACAGCCCCGCCAUCAUCAAAGCCGACUGCAUUCGCGUCAUUGCGGUGUUUCGCUAUCACAUCGCUCCGAGUCUCUACGCCAACCUCAUCUCCGUGCUGGCGGAGUGGGUGAAGACGGACGACCACGUAAUUAUGUCCUACGCCGCACACACACUCGAGCGGCUGCUGUGCGUGCAGCGGGAGCAGGGGUACGUCGCCACCGAGGCGGUCUUCCAGCCGCAAACAGCCGCCGUGCUGCAGACGCUCUGCACGCGCAUCCAGAGCACGGAGCAGCCGAAUCAGUUUCUCAUGCAGUGCCUCAUGCGGGUGUGCUUUCGCUUUCCACAGGCGGUCGCCCCGUUGGCAGGGGCAGUGGUGGAGAGCCUGAACCAGGUGCUGCACCGCGCCGCUCGCAAUCCGUCCAACCCGCUCUUCAGCCACUGCCUCUUCGAGACCAUCUCCAAGUGCAUCGCAAUGCGGCCGGAGCAGGGCACCGCCAUGGAGGGCCUUCUGUGGGACAACUUAAUUUACGUGCUGGCGCAGGACGUCGUGGAGUACGUGCCCUACGUGCUGCAGAUCCUGUCGCAGCUCCUGCGCACCCAUCAGCCCCCCUGCGACACCCCGCCAGCGCACUUCCCCUCCCUCCUCGACCCACUCACGCAGCCCGGCAUCUACGAGAACAAAGGCAAUGUGCCUGCCGUUGUCUGUCUGCUGUGCGCGUUCAUUGAGCUGUACCCUAGCUACGUCCACAGCCGCAACCUGACCAACCCGAUUCUCAACAUUUUCGCCUACUUGGUUCGGCUGAAAAACUACGACCAUGAGGGACUCAACAUCAUCACGGCGGUCUUGCUCGCGUACCCGCCCGAUGUGAUGGCCAUCUACGUCGACAACGUGCUGAGGGUGCUGCUGGACCGCCUCAGCAACGCCCGCACGCCGAAGUUUGUCCGCAUCCUGAUUCUCUUCCUGUCUGUCUACGUGGUGGUGCGCGGCGCACACGACUUAGUGUCCCGAAUGAACAAUCUGAAGCCGGGGCUCUUCAUGCAGCUGCUGGGCAACGUGUGGCUGCCGCACAUGCAGAAGAUCACCGGCGAAGUGGAGCGCAAGACUUGCGUGGUGGCCCUGGCGAAGGUGCUAUGCGACUGCGAGGAGCUGCAGGCCGACACGAAGGCGUGGACGACGAGCGUCUUCAGCUGCCUCAAGAUGAUCCACGCAGGGGCGGAGCAGGACGACUACACGAGCUUUGCCCCAAAGGCUGGCACCCUGCAGGACCUGACGCAGUUACCGGGCAACUCUGCCGACGCCGCCGUGAACAGCGUGUUUUGCCCGCUGCAAGAGGCGGCGCCGAAGCCGCGCGACGUGUGCGCCGACGUGGCGAAUGCCGAUCGGUACUUCCGCGAUCACAUGAUGGAGCUGCUGCGGGGUCGCGGGCAGAGCCUGGUGGGUCCAUUGCAGGCUACGCUGACGCCUGAUCUGCUGGCCUUAAUUCAGUAG